GAGAGAAGGUGCCAAGAGAAGAAAAGCUACUGUACUGCAUGCUCACUACACCAUAGCAGUAGCCCCUCCCCUUUUCCUCAGGGCAGCUGCUCUCUUCAUAAUCAAGCUCCUUGAAGAUCUCAUGCUCAGUAGUAGAAGGAAAACAAUGUCAGCAACAAACAUUCUGCAUCAUGGAUGUACAGAUCCUCAAGUAGAGAGGCUAAUUGAGAAACUGGAGGAGACGUGUGAAAGAGUGAGUAGAGAUCAAGCCAUCUCUGUGAUGAGCAAGGACCCCACUGGCACCGGUGCCACCUACAUUCCCAUGAGGAUACGAGAGAUUGUCAAGGAAACACUGUCGUCAGUGAGGAGAGAAGAUAACUCACUAGUUAGAGAGAAUGUUCUCCUGCAGAAAGAACUGCAACGUGCAAAGACAGAGAACAAAGAGUUGGGAACUAAAAAUAAUAUUGAACCAUUGGAGCAGGAGGUGGGUGAACUGAAGGCCCACAAUGCAAAUCUGCGGAAGACGUUGGAAGAGAAAGACGCUAACUAUUCAUUGCAUUUGAGGGCCUACCAAGACGGAAAGCAGGAACAGGAGGCCAUUAUACAGACGCUACAGAGCCAGGUUGAAGAGUAUGAGUUUCAAUGCAAUGAGCUGACGAUUGAAUUGGAGUCUCUUCCCCAGAAGGUUGGUCCCACAGAGCUAGAACAUAGUGGGAGGAGUCUUGAAGAUGAGCUAGUUCGGAUACGCAAUGACAGUCAGAUCUGCGCCGAGAACCAUCGCAAAGAGUUGAAGAAAACUGCGGAUAAAUUGGAGGAACAGCAAAAAAAGGUGGCGAAAUUGGCAGUCAGCAAUCAGACUCUCCGACAGCAGCUGGAGGAAUCUCAGGACACAAACUCCCGACUAUCGGAGGAUGUGGAGCAGCUGACUGUUGGUUGGAGAGAGAGUCAGGAACGAUUGAAGGGGCGUGAGGAACAAUGGAAGAGUAGCUUGAAGAGGGAGAAUCUCUCAUCCCUAACCUCUCAUCAACUAAGUUUGGUCCUGGCUAGAAGGGAAGCUUCUCAACUCAAGAAGACAAUCUCUGCUCUUGGAACUUCAGUGAAAAGAGAUUUAAGUAUCACUCAGAGGGAACUGGCACUGGGUUGUAAUCAGUUAAAGGCCUUCAUUCAAGAGGAGACAGGCAAGCUCUCCCAAGACAAUGACAGACUGGCUGCUUCUCUGGAAGCUAAACAGCAGAAGUGCUGUGAGUUGGCCAAUGAGCUAGCUGAGCUGAAGAUAGACUAUGAAGUACUGAGUGCUAAGCAUGAGUUGACGCGUGCAGAGCUUAAGAAGAAGGUUCAGAAAGCAAACACUUCCCUCACAGACACACAGAGCUCCUGUCUCCAGCAGAUCAAAGCUAUUGGGUCCCUGGAAGCAUCUAACACUGACUUGGCAACAAAGAGAGCUCAUCUCGACCACAUGCUGCACGAUGCCCAGCUCAGCAACUCCUCGCUGGAGAGGGAGGUCAAAGUUCUCAAGUCAGGAAUUACUGAAAUGGUUCAACUGUUGUCUGGCCCACCCUCUCACAGCAAACCAGGUCGUGUUAUCAGUGGGAAGGGGAGACAACAGGACCCAGCUAUGGUACCAGAGGUGAAGUUGUUUGACACUCCAUAUGACGUGGACCGAGUGAGGGAGUGGGGAGUGGGUGUGGUCAGACACGAGGUGACCUCCAGAGACAACACUAUACAGUUGUUGAAGUCUGAGCUGGCUACAGUGCAGCUAACGGUGGAUGAGCAGGCCAAGAGAAUGAGUGAACUGGAGGAAGAGAUUGGAGCUCACUCCUCCACUGGCAAGGUGACCAGGAGAGAACUGGACACUUGUAAUGAGCUAUUAGCUGAGCUGAACAAGAACAAGUUGGAGUUGGAGACUCAGUUGGAGCAAGCCAUUAGUCAGAGGAAGGGGCUGGAGCGACAGUUUGAACAAAGUUCUGCCCGAGUCGAUGCCCUCGUACACGACAAGGACAAGACUGGGACCAACACCUCUUCUCUGGAGGAGGCCAACAGACGCCUAAGAUUUGAGGUGGAACAAGCCAAGCAAGAGUUGCAGUUGGUGCAAAUUGAUUUGACAAACAAACAAAACGGUACACGAAUGCUUGAACUCCAACUAAAGAAUGUCGAGAAAGAAGCUGAACAACUUCGAGAUAGGAUUGCUCAACUGGAGGCUAUAAAGUUAGGACAAGAAAAAGAAAUGGCCGAACAAGUUCUCUCCAUCGAUACUCUCAAAAUGGAGAAAUCAACGUUGCAGAGGGAACUCAAACACUCGCAGGAAUCGGAGGCAACAAGCGUCGGUACUCUGUAUGAAGUUCAAGCCGUAAACAAAGAGCUGGAGCAGGAGAAACGACAACUGGUCAAAUCUUUACAAAAGGUCACCGACAAACGAGUGAAGCUCGACGAAGAGAACGUUUAUUUGGAGAAAAUGAAAAUGUCAAACGAAGACGAACUUGAAAAAUUGAAAGACGAGCACAGUUAUCUAUCAGAACAAGUCGAUGAUCUGGAUAAGAGUUUGGGAGAGACGGAAUCCUCGAGAAUGAGUGUGCAACAGGAGAGAGAUCAACUGAAGCACGAGGUAGCCGUCCUCAACGACUCAGUGGGCAAGUGCAAGCAAGCCCUAGCCGAGGUUCAAAUCCAACGUGGCAAACUCCACAACAGGAUAGCCGUCAUGGCUAAAGAGAAGGGUGACCUUAUAACUGGGAAGGUGGAACUGAGUGCACAGGUGGUCAAACUGCAGGAAAAUUUCCAAAUGUCCAAGGAAAGGAUCGCCUCCCUGCAUAUUAUUAAAGACAGGCUGGAGAGCAAAGUAAACGAUCUUGAAAAGAAGCUUGAAAAUUCCGAAAUAUCCGUUCGAUCACUGGAAGAAGAGAAGUUUCUACUUCAACAAGAGAAGCAUGAUCUUCAAGUUCAAAAAGACGAACUCGCUCAAGAUAAAGACGAGGAAAUCAGUAUGCUAAUUAAGCAGACAAAUAUUGAAGUACAGCACGAGAAAAUGUUGUCUAAAACCCAGGGCGCCACUUUACAGAGUGCACUGCAGACUCAGACUGAUGCCAGCCAAAGGGAGAUCUCCACUCUCAAACAGACGCAUGCAGAUGAGGUGUCCUCUCUAGUACAGCAACACGACGAACUAGUGGGACAGAUGAGGGAGGAGCUGGUCGUAUUCGCAAAGGUCCAUGAUGCCGAGAUGGUACGAUACCAAAAGGACAAAGAAACGGCCGCAUCUCGCUCUGACAAGGAGAGGGAGUUGAAUAACGAUCGUGUUACUAAACUACAAAAGAUGCUCGAUGAUAAAUCUGAUGAAAUGGUUCAACAGCAACGCCAAUCUAACAAUAUGGCAAAAGAACAAAGAGCUCAGCUAGAUGUGUCUAGUCUCAACGCUAAUAGGCUGGAGACGGAAUUGGUAGCCUCUGAGAAACGAUUGUGGGACCUUCAGAACAAACUUGACGAAGUUACGAAGAAAGCAAACGAACAAAUCGAAUCGCUCAAGUCCGAACUAGAUAUUGUAUCUCGUACACUCACUAAGCUUGAAGCUUCAAAUGAUGAUGCUCAAAUGACAAUCAAGGGUCUGGAAAAUCAAAACGCAGCUCUAGAGCGACAAGGUUUGGACACUCAGAGGCAAUUAGAUGCAACAUUCGAAGAAAAGGAGCAGCUGGCAACUCAAUGUCACUCACUGGAAAGAAGACUUCAAUCAAUGAAUAUAGAGCUAUCCGGACUUAAUGAAACUGCUCGGAAUCUUCAAGACCAACUGUCGAGAACUGAUGACGAUCUAGCCGCAGCUAGCAAAGACGCUACGUCAACUCAUCAAACAUUGUCUUGCAUUGAACAGGCACAUUCCAAGCUUGUGUCUGAACAUGUAUUAUUGCAGUCAUCUCUCACUUCCUCUGAGAAAGACAACACAAGAUUGAACAUUGACUUGAAGAAUGCUCGGGACAAAAUGGAUGAGCUAACGAAAGCAAAGGAUGCUCUCACCGGUAAAUUAUCCGAACUCGAAAACAAGUACAAAAUAAGUACAGAGAAAUGUCAGCUCAAAGAGGAUGAGGUCACUAGUAUCAGGCAACGAGCAACCAACUUGGAGAAGGAAAAAUAUAAACUGUUAUGUGAUUUCUCAAAGGUGAAAGAUGAGACGAAAAUGCAAGGCAAACGAGAUGAAGCCAAAAUCUCUGAAAAUGAACUAACUAUCUCCAACUUGAAAUCCCUCAAAGACAACCUUGAAGACGAGCUAUCGUCCCUCCUGACGGCUUUGGAAACCUCGCAAGCAAAUGGCCUAGACAAAGAUACCAAACUGACCUCCAUUAGCGAGCAAGCCUCCACCCUAUCAUCACAGCUGGAACAGAGCGACUCACAGCUCCAAGAUAUACAGCAAAGGCAUGCACAAAUACUGGGAGUGCUGGAGGGCACACUUGGUGUCAAACCUUCCGAUAACUCAGACGUAUUUAGUCCUUCUGCUCCAACUACUACAGUCAGCUUCUCACUGGCAACUUCACGGCCUGAGAGUGGGUUUGGUGAUAGUAUUUCUAGCCCUCUUCAAUCUCUUGGGGACAGCUUUGACGAAGACGACCAUUCUGCAGUACCCUCAAAACUAUCCUCUACAAAAAUUGACCCCACCAUGAUUCGUGACGCUAUACUCGAGCUUCAGAAGAAGGUGAUGGUGGCAGAGAGGACAAAACACGAAGCUCUUGCCAGUGCAGCAAAGUUAAAUAAAGUUGUUGCUCGACUAGAGGAAGAGAAAAUAUCGCUAGAGGCUAGAUUGAAGACCCUUCGUUCCUCACUUAUUUCAUUGCAAACCAGUUUCGAUUCUGUCUCAAAGCAAAGGGACCAGGCGGAAAUGUCCUCCAAAAUGCAGGCCACCUCAAUAACUGAGCACGAGAAGGACAAGAAAGACCUACAACAAGUGGUUGUCGAAUUGAAAAAACAGUUGAAAACGGAUCGGGCAGUAAAGAAGGAAAGCGAAAGCAAGCUGAAAGAAUUCGCUAGCACUCAAGUCAGCUUGGAGCUGGAUCGCAAUAAGUUCGAGACAAAGACGAAACAACUUGAGCUACAGAGAAAGGAGCUGGAGGAAGAAAUUGUGAAAGUGAAAACAAAACUAUCUCAUAUUGAAAGUGCUCACAUCAAGAAAGACGUUGAGAUGUUACGAUUGCAGCAGAAAUUAGUGACGAGUCAGCAUCUACAAUUGCAGACUGAAGAGCAGCUGGAAUCACUGAAAGAAGCAAAUAAAAGUUUAGGGUCAUCGUACCAGUUGUCACAAGAGAGUGAAAAACUGUUGCUGGAAAAUAUCAAACAGCUUGAGUCUAAGCUCGUUCAAGCUCAAAGCGACAAGAAAAUGCUUGAAAGGAAGAUUUCCAAUAUACAAGAUGCCCUUGAUUUAGUUAAGAAAGGGAAGGAUACUCUCGAUCAAGAUUUCCGAUUGCUAACAGAAGACCAGUUGCAGACUGAAACAGAGCGUCUUCAAUUACGGGAGAAAGUUCAAGAAUUGAAUCUAUCACUGUCUGACCAGGAAGUUAGCAAGGUUGAGCUGUCCACACAACUGCAGUUCACUGUGAUGAAACUACAGGAGGAAGAAGGUAGCAAGCAGAUGAUCGAAUGUCGUCUUUCAAACCUUGUACGCGAGAACUUGGACAUGAGUGCCCACCUACGUCAACUGGAGAGUGACCUGUACACCGCUAAAAAUGAGAAGCUGAUUGCAAACGAGUUGUGCGGAAGUCUUGAAGCCGAGCUAGCGCACAUGAAGAGCAGUCUACACGAGUUAAGGGACGAGCACAGGAAGUUGCAGAGUGAGUACCAAGACACAGCCAUGCAGAAUACUCGAUUGGACGCCAUUAUCACCGACCAGAAGAGACAGAAGUUAGAGGUGAAUCACAGCCUCGUUGAUAGCUCUCGACAGAACGUUGAAUUGAUGAGGACAAUGAGAGAGAUGGAGAAGAGCAUGGCCACCAGGGGGAGAGAACACCAACAGAAAUUGCAGGUGAUGGCCAGUCAGGUGAACGAGAGCCAGGGGAAGAUGAGGAUACACGAGUCUAAAUGGAGUGGGAGGGAGGACGGUCACCAGAAGACCAUCAAAAAACUGGAAUCUAAGGUUGGCCAGCUCGAGAGCAAGCUGAGUAGCACAAGGAAGAAGAAAGUUGCGUUCCUCGAAAAGGCCCAAGAACAUGACAAGACAAUCUACGAUCUCCGCUCCACUGUUCAAGAGUCUAUCACCGCACUAGCCACCGGUAUCGCUCAUAUCCCCCCCGCCAGCGAGAGAGAGUCGAUCAAACUCAACCCCUCAGUGAGUAGCCAUCGUUGGUCACCGUCUCCAACCUCGUCGGCCAGUCAGAGCCCCAGCAGAUACAGCUAUGCCUACAGCUACACGCCCAGCCCCUCGAGGAUCUCCGCGGCAGAGCCAGCCGUGCUCCUAACCAGUACUCCUAGAAAGUAAAGAAACAUUCGAUAUAAAGAGAUAUUUGGCAAUAGGGUAGAUGAUUAGGUUAGUAGUAGAUUAUAUCUGUUUAGUUCAGUUUUUUAGCCCAAGGUAGACCAUAGGUGACAAGAUUAAACACUUAUCAAUAAUUAUUGUUAGAUUGGUGUUUGUUUACAUAAGAAGGAAUGAAGA